AUGAGUGGGCCUCCAUUUAUAAGCGAUAUGGUUUUAAAUUUAGUUAAUAAAACAAUGGCAAGAUAUGAGGGUAGAUUAGGAAAAAGCUAUACCCUUGAAGAGAUAUCAAAGCAUAAUACACCAGAUGAUUUUUGGGUUAUUGUCAGGGGAAAAGUGUAUGACUUGGGUGAUUACCUAAUGAUGCAUCCAGGUGGUCCAAAGUUAUUGUUUAAACACGGUGGUAAAGAUGCUACAGAAGAUUUUGAGGGUAUGUUUCAUUCAAGAAAUGCAAAAGCAAUUUUAGAAAAAUUUUGGAUAGGAAAAGUUAACAUGCCCACCGCCUCAUCCUCUUCAUCAUUUUUGUCACCAAAUAAUUUAAAUUUUAAAUCACCAAAUAAUUUAAGCUUUAAAUCACCCUCACCAAAAGCAGCCACUACUUUAUCCACAACCACUUUAAAUACUACUUCUUCAAAUACCUCCACCACAAAUGCGCCACCAUCACAUUCAAAAGUCGAAAAAUCAAUAAUUUUAUCAAAAGUAAAAAUUCAUAAAAAAUCAAAACACACAGAAAACACAUAUCACUACCAAAUUGAAUUACCAGAAGAACAUUUAAAUUUAAAUUGGAUAUCGCCAUUAUCACAUGUCUCUUUAUCAAAACAUCAUGAUAGUCAAGACAGUCUAGAUUUUAAAAGCUAUACACCAAUCAAACAAACUGACGAUAAAAAAUACUUGGAAUUUUUAAUUAAAGGCUAUGACAAUGGUAAUGUUUCGAAGCAUAUUCAUCAAUUAAGCGAAGGUGAUUAUCUUUCAUUAAAGGGUCCAAUAGAAACAAAUGAAAGCUUCAAUUUUGGGAAUCAAAAAGAUUAUUUAUUAAUGGUUGCUGGUGGUACUGGUAUUACACCUAUGAUCCAGAUUUUAUAUGAAACUUUUUAUGGUAAAAAUAAACCAAAUGAGAAAUUAAAAUUUAUUUUAAUUUAUUCUUCAAAUAGUCAAGACGAAAUUAUAUAUAAGAAAGAAUUGGAUCAAAUGAAAGAAGAGUUUAACGACAGAUUAUUUAUUCACUAUAUAAUUACACAACCAAAGAGCGAUAGUGGGUUUGAUGAAAAAACAAUGAAAAAAGGAAGAAUUAAUCAAGAUUUAAUAUUAACAUGUUUAGAACCAAUAAUUAUUAAAAUUAUACCAAAAAUGAUUACUGAUGCAAUGGACGUUUUAGUUUGUGGUCCUGUUCAAUUUAAUAAUUUCCAGAGCGAUGAGCUAUUAAGAAUAGGUUUUAAAUCGAAUCAAAUUCAUUUAUUGCAAUAA